ACUAAAAGCGUCUGCAGUUGGAGUCCAAGUGUCGCCUCAGAUCUCAGGCUGAGCACAGCAGCAGUUAAUCUUUUCUAUGAUGUCUCCUUUUGUUGCCCGCCUGCUGCUGCUUGUCUGCUUGGCUUUACCUCUUUAUGGCGUGGAAAAGGUGAGAAAUAGAGGAUACCGAAAGGAUCCUGACGCUGACAAGUGCACUGGAAAUGAUGCAGAAAAGCCCAACUGUACUAGACACUCUGGAGAUGGAAGAUCUACUUAUUUGAACAACAUGUUUGGCAGCUGCAUGCAGGGCCCAGCAGGAACCCCUGGCAGAGACGGUAACCCUGGAGCCAACGGUAUCCCAGGGACGCCAGGUAUCCCAGGACGCGAUGGGCUUAAGGGUGAAAAAGGAGAGUGCAUUAGUGAGAUUUUCGAGGAGCCCUGGAAGCCCAACUACAAGCAGUGUGCCUGGAACUCUCUGAAUUAUGGAAUCGACCUGGGUAAAGUAGCUGAUUGUACGUUCACCAAGCUGCGUUCAGACAGCGCCCUCAGAGUUCUCUUCAGUGGCUCCCUCAGACUCAAGUGUAAGAACGCCUGCUGUCAGAGGUGGUACUUCACCUUCAAUGGAGCAGAGUGCACAGGACCGCUGCCCAUAGAGUCCAUCAUUUACUUAGAUCAAGGGAGUCCUGAGCUCAACUCAACCAUCAACAUCCACAGAACGUCCUCAGUUGAAGGCCUGUGUGAGGGCGUCAAAGCAGGGUUGGUGGAUGUGGCGGUGUGGGUGGGGACCUGUGCUGACUACCCCAGAGGAGACGCUUCCACAGGCUGGAAUUCUGUAUCCAGGAUUAUCAUUGAGGAACUGCCUAAAUAAGACAUGAAUAAAAGUUACGUGAAAGGGAGGAUCCAGUCUUGGUAGGGUAACUGUAUGUUAUCUGUCCCUCUAAAAUGAUCAGGUGUGGUUUGCUGAGGCGUCACAGCAUCAGCGAUGGUAACUUGAAUACUAGUUGAGAGGCCUUUAAACCAGAACACGGUGUUGUUCUGUCUCCCAGAAAUAAACUUUGUACUGUAGCAGUUUCGGCUCGUGGGUGCUGUUAGAUACAGUAACCUUUUAACACACAUUGAUAAUGUUUGAACUAUGUACUCAUGACUUUUUUGUAUAUGCAUUAUUACUGUUAAUGAAGUCAUCUUUUUUUAAAGAA